GAUCCUUCAGAACCAGAGCCUUCAGGACCAGAUCCUUCAGGACCAGAUCCUUCAGGACCACAACCAGAACAGAUCCUUCAGAACCAGAUACUUCAGGAACAGAUCCUUCAGGACCAGAUCCUUCAGGACCAGAUCCUUCAGAACCAGAUCCUUCAGAACCAGAUCCUUCAGAACCAGAAGAACCACCAGAACUAUCAGAACCAUCAGGAACAUCAGAACCAUCAGAACCAUCAGGAUCAUCAGAACCAUCAGGAACAUCAGGAACAUCAGAACCAUCAGGAACAUCAGAACUAUCAGGAUCAUCAGAACCAUCAGAACCAUGAUGCUGGUCUCCCUGCUGCUCAUCCUCCUGCAGGUCUGCAGUCAGCUGAUGACAGCGGUUGCCAUACCGACCUGUCUGCUGAAUGGUCAUGUAGUCCAAUCAGCUCAUCACAUGCUGAGAGACCUGGGGGGGUCGUUUCCUGUUUCCUGUUUGCCGGUCAACAUCAACAUCUCCUUCCCAAGCUCCGCCCUCCCAGCUGCUGCCUCAGCAAAUCCUCUUCAGUGCCGCAAAGCAUUGUGGGUGGUUUAUGAGUCUCUGCAGGAGGCGGGGCUUGUAUUCGAGGAGGAUUUACCUGCAGGACUCACCUGGAGGGACGAGAAGCUACAGAGAUUCAGACACCUGCAGUUCAGACUGAUGGAGGAGGGGCAGUGUUUGUCAGGUGUCGAUGGUUCAGUCGUUUUAUCUUCUUACUUCAGUAACGUGACGGCAGUUCUGGAGCAGCAGGGCAGCGCAGUCUGUGGUUGGGAGGCUCUGCGGAGGGAUCUGCUCUGGGUCCUAAAGUCCGCCCUGCAUCAGCACCACAACUGCUUCACCUGGGGGACAAAGACCCCGCCCACCUCAGGAUGA